ACUUCGUCACCGCCAUUUUUGUUGUUGUGAAGUGCGGGGAGAAGAUCCACAGAAACAAACUCAGUUCGAGUGUUUAACUCGUCUUUGUCUCAGUUCGUGAGUGAAAACUCCGUGUGCGUGAGUGUGGAGGACAGAGCUUCACCAUGGCGCAGUACAAAGGAGCCGCCAGCGAGGGGGGGCGAGCCAUGCAGCUGAUGAAGAAACGAGAGAAAGAAAGAGAACAGCUCGAGCAGCUGAAGCAGAAGAUUGCAGAGGACAACAUGGUCAAGUCCAACAUCGACAAGAAAUUCUCAGCUCACUAUGACGCUGUGGAGGCAGAGCUCAAGUCCAGCACAGUUGGUCUGGUGACACUGAAUGAUAUGAAGGCCAAGCAGGAGGCGCUGGUGAAGGAAAGAGAGAAACAGCUGGCCAAGAAGGAGCAGUCCAAGGAACUCCAGCUUAAACUAGAGAAGCAAAAAGAGAAGAAGAGAAAAGAAGAGCAGAAGAGGAAAAUAGCCAGUUUAUCUUUUAACCCUGGAGAAGAUGAAGAUGAAGAAGAAGACGAAGAAGAAGAAGACGAAGACGAGCAGGAUUAUUUUCCAGCUAAGAAGAAGCUGGGGAAAAAUCCAGACGUGGACACAAGUUUCCUUCCUGAUCGAGACAGAGAGGAGGAGGAGAAUCGUCUCAGAGAGGAGCUCAGGCAGGAGUGGGAGCUCAAACAGGAGAAAAUUAAAAGUGAGGAGAUUGAGAUCACAUUCAGCUACUGGGAUGGUUCUGGACAUCGUAAGACAGUCAAGAUGAAGAAGGGUAAUACCAUCCAGAACUUUCUGCAGAGGGCACUGGAAGUCCUCAGGAAAGACUUCAGUGAGCUCAGGUCUGCUGGAGUAGAGCAGCUGAUGUACAUCAAAGAGGAUCUUAUAAUACCACAUCACCACAGUUUUUAUGACUUCAUCGUGACAAAGGCCAGAGGGAAAUCAGGUCCUCUUUUCAGCUUUGACGUCCACGAUGAUAUCCGACUUGUGAACGAUGCCACUGUCGAGAAAGAUGAGUCUCAUGCAGGUAAAGUGGUGCUGAGGAGCUGGUAUGAGAAGAACAAGCACAUCUUCCCUGCGAGUCGCUGGGAGCCGUAUGAUCCUGAGAAGAAGUGGGACAAAUAUACGAUCCGAUGAAAUGGCCAACUUCUCCAGCCUCUGGAAAUGUCCUGUUUUUCAUCUCCUUUUUAUUUCCUCUGUUAUACCAUCGUUCAUCUGUGCUUUAUCAAGAUUUGAUACUUUUGAUUCACAGCUUUCCUGGUAUUUGAAAUGCUAAUUUCCCCAAAUGUAUUUGAUUUACCAACGCAUUGUUUCCUGUGAAAACAAGCCCACAUUCAUGUAGAUAAAGCCGAUCUACAUGUUCUAUUGUCUGUGCUUAAUAAAGUGAAUUUGGAUGGAA